UCGCGAAUUCUGUUUUUGUAUUUACUCGCGGAUUUCAAUAAAAACAUAUGUUUUCCGUUUGACUGUUAAAGUUGUAGUGACACGGUUCAGUUUUCUAACGAAAGCUCUUGUGUAAACUAUUAUAUGUAUAUAUACUCUGUGUUUACUCUCUAGAAGAACGUGCCUCAUACAUUAGUGGGGAAGGAUACGCUGACAUUUCACAUCUGUUGUAAGGUGGAAUGAACAAAAACUGUCGAGGUAAUAAAACGUCGGAUUUCAGCGAAUAAGUGAAAUACUAAAUAACUCGACGGAAAUACUUUUGGAAUCGAUUUUUUAUUGUGCUAAGUUAAUUAAAUUUCAUUCAGGUGUCAAAAGUAUCAAGGUAUUCAUGAUGUAUGCAAGUUUGAAAGAAAUGUGGGUAAUACAUUAGAUAAAGUGUGCUGGUGAAUUUUGAAUGUGCAUGAACGCUCGUGAGAGGAGUAAUCAAUGGUAUGCAGUCUGUGUGCAGAUAGAAUGAUGUACAUAUAUUCACUAUAUCUGUGUUGAGUGGAUGGUUUAAAAGUUACUAAUUGUGCAGCUUGUCCAAACUAUGAAAAUGGGUAAACGUCUUUCAUGCGUCGUUCUCUUAGUGAUAGUCUUGAAUUUUGGAUUAACCGAAUCAAGGCGUCGGAUACCUCAGCAUCAGUCCGAUGGACCGAGCACCGACUAUCCGACGUCGCUUACUGGUGCCAAUGUUUGCGGACCCACCAACAGACGUCGCUGUUGUAGAGGAUGGACUGUGCCGCAAGGGGGCAAACGUUGUGUUUUGCCGUUGUGCAGCGGAAGCUGUGGAGGUGGUGGAACGUGCAUGAGGCCGGGUCUCUGUCUCUGCUUCACCGGAGAGAUAUCACCUUAUUGUGUACCAAGUGGAGGUUCCACCAGCUCCCUAUGUGAUCCCCCGUGUCAGAACGGAGGCGUGUGUGUGGCCAAGAACUUGUGUCGAUGUCCUUCGGGCUUUUCCGGUGGAACAUGCGACAAUGACCUGCGAACCGGUCCAUGCUAUACGCAGUUAUCGGACAACACGUGCCGGGGCCAGCUCCCCAAUGUUAUCUGCACGAAGCACCUGUGCUGUGCCACGGAAGGUAUGGCGUGGGGCGACCCCUGCGAGGAGUGUCCAGCCCAGCCGCACCCUUGUAGGAGGGGCUACAUGGUCAACUUAGCCAAAAACACAUGUCAGGAUAUCGACGAAUGCAAGUAUAUUCCUGGACUGUGCGUGAGCGGAACCUGCAUAAACACAGUCGGCUCGUACCUGUGCGACUGCCAGGCUGGGCAGCGCCUAAACAAGGUCACAGGCGUUUGCGAAGAUAUAAAUGAGUGCUUGGAGCAGCGUAAUAUUUGUGAAGGUGGACGUUGUACGAACACGGAGGGGAGCUAUUUUUGUACAUGCGGUCCGGACUAUGAGACAACCGCCGACAGGACGCGUUGUAUUCCGGUUCGCAGGAAUUUCUGUUUCCAAAGCGUCGUUAACGGGAAGUGCACUGCCGGGAUGCCGACCAAGAUCUCCCUGGCUGACUGCUGUUGUGGGGUCGGGAAAGGCUGGGGGUCUCAGGAACUGUGUCAGCUGUGCCCAGAGAGAAACACGGACGCCUUCGCCCGCCUGUGCCAGCGACCGGAACCGAUCGGCACGGACGAGUGUUCGUUCUUCAGCAACCUGUGCAAGAACGGACGCUGCGUGGACACCCAGUACUCGUACCGGUGCGAGUGUUACGAUGGCUACACUUACUCGGAGUCCGCCGGAGAAUGCAUAGACGUGGACGAGUGUCGUCAGCAGUCAGGCUUGUGUAGGCACGGCCAGUGCAUCAACCUUCCAGGCAGCUUUGAGUGCAAGUGUGACGAGGGCUUCGUGCUGGCGCCUGGUGGCAGGCACUGCACCGAUAUGAACGAAUGCGAGAAGACAAACAUGUGCCCCAACGGUCGGUGCAUCAACAUGGACGGGUCUUACAAGUGCGAGUGUUACAAGGGAUACAAACAGUCCGCUAACCAGCAAGUGUGCCUAGACAUAGACGAAUGCACGGAGAACGGACGCCUGUGUUUCAAUGGACAAUGUCUCAACACCCCCGGAAGUUACCGUUGUAUUUGUAAUCAAGGAUAUCGGCUGUCACCAGAUGGCGCGUUUUGUCUAGACGACAACGAAUGUCAGACGACAGGAAUGUGCGCAAACGGGAUGUGCAAGAACCUGGACGGAAGUUAUAAGUGUAUAUGUAGCCCCGGGUACCAGCUGUCACCGGAUGGAAGCGUCUGCUUAGAUAUUGACGAGUGUUCAAGCCAGCCCGGUAUAUGCCAAGAUGGCGAAUGCAUCAACAACCAGGGCAGCUUCAGGUGCGAGUGCCCGAGGGGUUUCGUCCUCGGGCCCGACCGGCGAACGUGUCUUGACCGCCGAAAGGACCGCUGCUUCCUGCGCUACAGCCGGGGACAGUGCAGCAACCCGUCGCCAAUGCUGGUGACCAAGUCCACCUGCUGCUGUAUGGUUGACUCGAUGGAGGCACCCGGGAUUGCCUGGGGCGUGGCAUGCGAGCCGUGCCCUUCAAUGUCGGAUCCGGAGUUUAAGACGCUCUGCAAACAUGGAUCCGGAACAGACCACGACGGCGGAGCAAUCAACCACUGCGCCCUUAUGCCGGAAAUCUGUGAGAAUGGCGCGUGUGAGAACAGCCCUCCCUCGUACCGGUGUGUCUGUAACCCAGGAUACCUGCCGGACUCUUCAGGGAAAAGAUGCAUCAAUGUAAACGAGUGUGUGGUCAACCCGCGGCUCUGCGAAGGUGGUCAGUGCCGGGAUACACCGGGAUCCUUCGUUUGCACGUGCCCUUCCGGCUCGAGGCUCGAUCCCUCCAACAACAUGUGUGAAGACAUUGACGAGUGUAGAUCAUCCCCCUGCCAGGGAGGAACGUGUACCAACACCGCAGGAAGUUUCAGGUGUAAAUGCGACCACGGGUUCUCAUUGGACGUCUCGGGACUGAUAUGCGUUGACGAGCGACUGGGUUCCUGCUGGAUGCGCAUCCGGGACGGUCAGUGCGAGGACAACGUGAAGCGACCCAUGCUCAAGUCUGAGUGCUGCAACACCGUGGGAAUGGCGUGGGGGAGCCCGUGUGAGCCGUGCGCCGCGUCCAUUCGAGACAGAUGUCCGCGCGGUUUCAUAUACAAACGAGAUGGUUGUGUGGACAUCAACGAAUGUGAGCAGUUUGCGGACUUGUGUCGGGGUGGAGGGGUGUGUGUCAACACGGAAGGGUCAUUCACAUGCCAAUGCCCCUCGGGCAUGGAGCUCGAUCCCUCGGGCACCAGCUGUCUGGACAAACGGAAGUCAACGUGUUAUUUAGAGUACAGACGCGGCCAGUGUUCGGAAGGUCUUGACAGCGUCUUCACUCGGUCCAUGUGUUGUUGCACGGUGGGAAAAGCAUGGAGUCACUUGUGCGAGCCGUGUCCGACAAAAGGAACUGAGCAGCACAAGGCGCUUUGCCCUGUGGACGGUCAUGGUGGCGAUCCUGUUUCUCCGACAGAUAUUAACGAAUGCCGAGAGAUUCCGGGUAUAUGUACAAACGGACAGUGCCGCAAUACGUUGGGAAGUUUCACGUGCACGUGUGACAGAGGUUUCGCCCUCGAUGCAAGGGGAUUCAACUGCACAGAUAUUGACGAAUGUCGUAUAUCCUUCGAUGUCUGUGAGAACGGAGCAUGCGUGAACACCGAGGGAAUGUUCCGGUGCGAGUGUAAUCCAGGCUACGUCCCUGUCAUGAUGGACCAAAUGUGCAUGGACGUGAACGAGUGCGAGGGAGACAAGUCUCUGUGUCGAGGCGGCACGUGCCAUAACGAGCCUGGCAGCUUUCGGUGCGAGUGUCCCAGCGGCCUAGAGCUCUCUACCGACGAAAGAUCUUGUGUUGACAUUGACGAGUGUGGCUCAAGUAGCAGCGUGUGUUCCAACGGCUAUUGCGAGAACUUCAUGGGCGGCUACCACUGUAGAUGCCACACAGGAUUCAAGCCGAACACGCAGCAAACGUCCUGCGUCGAUAUCGACGAGUGUGCGGAGAACAAUGGCGGAUGUGAGAUGUUGUGUGUGAAUUCUCCAGGAAGUUUCGCGUGCGGGUGUGAGAUGGGCUUCACACUCAUGCCGAACGGCAGAAAUUGCAAAGAUUACAACGAAUGUCGGGAAAACCCGAAUAUCUGUAACGGCGGCAAGUGUAAUAACACCCCGGGGGCAUACAGGUGCAUAUGUACCGACGGGCUGCGGUCAUCACAGGACAUGAAACAAUGCAUCGAUAUCGAUGAGUGCUCUGAGAACCGGAAUCUCUGCGAGAACGGCGUCUGCGAAAACUUACCCGGCUCCUACCGCUGUAACUGCGACAAUGGCUUCGAAGUGGCAGAGGGCUCUAACCGGUGCACAGACAUUGACGAGUGCCUCACCGGAAAGAACGUGUGUGAUGAGCACGCGACGUGCCUCAACACGGCCGGCUCCUACAGGUGUCGGUGCAAACCUGGCUUCGAGGGAGACGGCUUCACAUGCAGAGAUAUCAACGAGUGCCGGCGUGACGGCGUCUGCUCCCAGAAUGCCGUCUGCGUCAACGAACCAGGAAGUUACGCGUGUAUCUGCGACGAAGGAUUCACCGGGGACGGCUUCAACUGCAGAGAUAUCGAUGAGUGUUCGCUGCGGGAGGACGUGUGCGUGAACGGCCGCUGCUACAAUUUCCCGGGCGCGUACCGCUGCACGUGUAACAUGGGGUUCGCGCGCUCCACCGACGAGAAGUCAUGCAUAGAUAUUGACGAAUGCCAGAUCCAGAACCUGUGUGUGAAUGGCGACUGUGUAAAUACGAUUGGCGCGUACGAGUGCAGGUGUAACCCGGGAUUUAAGUUGGACGAAAUUGGGGGUAACUGCACAGAUAUCAAUGAGUGCGCGGACGUCGACAACUGUCUCUACGGCACUUGUAUCAACGAGGUGGGCGGAUAUCGCUGUCAGUGCCCGCCCAACUAUCAGCUCAACGCGGCGGGAACUGGCUGCGUCGACAUCCGCCGUGGCUUCUGCUACCUGGACAUAUCCCAGCAGCGGCGUGGCGGCGUCUGCAGCCGCAUCAUCUCGCAGAGCGUCGGUCGGGCGGCCUGCUGCUGCAGCGUGGGCCGGGGAUGGGGCGAGGUGAGCGGCUUCUGCGAGCCGUGUCCGCGGAACAACACCCGCGAGUACAAGGCACUUUGCAUCGCCGACUCGGGCUUCCGGCCCGAUCCUGACACGCUCUUGCCAAUGGACAUUGACGAGUGUCGCGAGACACCAGGUAUCUGUAAGAACGGCGACUGUCAGAACACGUUCGGUAGCUACAAGUGCAUCUGUCCGGACGGUUACAUGCUAAAUCUCGACACGCAGGAAUGCGUCGACAUCGACGAGUGCGUGGAGUACCCCGGCUACUGCGGACUUGGUACCUGUGUCAAUAGGCCCGGCAACUUCUCCUGUCUCUGUCCGGAUGGAUACAUGCCUAUGGCGGGCGAAGGAUGCAUGGAUAUGCGGAAGGACGCCUGCUACGCUGCGUUCACGAACGCCUCCUCCCCGGGGCGGCCCCCGCGGUGCGACCACCAGUUGUCCUCACAGGUCACCAAGCGGCAGUGCUGCUGUCAGGGGGUGCUGGGUCAGGGCUGGGGCAACCCGUGUGAACCCUGCCCCGUGAAGAACUCUAGAGCAUACCUGGACCUUUGCAAGCCACUUCCUAUAAGAGAGGACACGAACGAGUGCUCGAUAUACCAGUUCCUGUGCGAGAACGGCCGAUGUAUUGACACGAACACGGAGGAGGGCUUCCUGUGCGAGUGUGGUGUCGGCUACACGUACAACGCCAUCAGCAAGCGGUGCGACGACGUGGACGAAUGUCGAGCAAGCCGGAACCCCUGUCAUGACAACGCCAUCUGUAUCAAUACUCUGGGCAGCUACAGGUGCGAGUGUAUCCCUGGUUACCAACUAGCGUCCGAGGGCGGCAGGUGCAUUGAUAUAAACGAGUGCCAGGAUGUGGCGGGGAUCUGUACGAACGGCGACUGCAGGAACCUCGAGGGCAGCUACCAGUGCAUUUGCAAGCAGGGCUACCGACUGGCCGCCUCCAGGGACUCCUGUCUCGACAUCAAUGAGUGCGAGCUUCAACCUGGCCUCUGCCGGAAUGGGACAUGCGAGAAUCGGAUAGGCAGCUACGAGUGUCGCUGUAGCGAGGGAUUCAAACUCAGCGACAGAAGGGACUGCGAGGAUACGGACGAGUGCCGCGAGUUCCUUGGUAUCUGUAUGAACGCUCGGUGUCGGAACACUCCGGGGAGCUUCCUGUGCGAGUGCCUGCCAGGCUACACACAGUCGUCAGAUAGGAUGAACUGCAGAGAUUUGGACGAAUGCACAGAGAUGUCGGGACUAUGUCGGAAUGGCUACUGUAUCAACACAGACGGUUCGUUCCAGUGUAACUGUCGGGAAGGCUACCGACUCUCCAGGAAUGCCGACAGCUGCGAAGACAUCAACGAGUGUCGCACGAUUGAGAACCUGUGUGCUAACGGCCGCUGUAUCAACGAAGAGGGCAGCUUCCGGUGCGUGUGUCCUCCAGGAUACGUGCUCACCAUGGAUGGCAGACGCUGUAUAGACUUGCGCCAGGGUAACUGUUACCGGCAGUUUGAGCGCGGCUUGUGUUUAAACCCCAGGCCGGUUAACCACACUCUCACCCAGUGCUGCUGUACCGGCGGUGCCGCCUGGUCAUACGUCGGCUCUGAACUGUGCGAGGUCUGCCCCAUACCCGGCGAACGGCGUUAUCAGGAGCUGUGCGGAUCAGACCCCGGGCGUCAGGUUGGGCCGAGCGGAGAACAAGACCUGAACGAGUGUAUGUUGGAGCCGGAUCUGUGUAAGAACGGUCGCUGUAUCAACACAGACGGCUCCUUCCGCUGUGAGUGUCUACCCGGGUACGAGCUGGAUUCCACCGGAAGAACUUGUGUCGACAAAGACGAAUGUCGCGUGGCCAGUGUGUGCGGAGAGGGCGAGUGCUCUAACACGAACGGCAGCUUCUCGUGCGACUGCAAGGCUGGCUUUGCACCGGGGCCCAGCGAGGUUUGCGAAGACAUAGACGAAUGCGUGACCCAGGCCAACAAGUGCGCGUUCCGUUGCGCCAACACGGUGGGCUCGUUCAAGUGCGUGUGUCCCAUGGGCUACCAAGUAGCCGCCGACGGCAUACACUGCGAAGACGUGGACGAAUGUCUGACUUCCACUCACGGCUGUCCGUACGCGUGUAAAAAUCUCGUUGGUUCGUUCAUGUGCAUCUGUCCCGAGGGCUACAGGGAGGCGGGCCGGGACAGGUGUAUAGAUAUUGACGAAUGUCGAGAGACGCCUGGUGUUUGCGGUCCCGGCCGGUGUCAGAACUUGCAGGGGAGCUUCCGGUGUGACUGCCCACCGGGCUACACUCGAUCAACGGACGGCAAGAGCUGCAUCGACCAGCGUGAGGACUACUGUUACACGGAGCUCGUCUCUCGACGCUGCGUCACCACUUCCGAUGUAAAGGUGACAACACAAGCGCACUGCUGCUGUACCGGCGGCGCCGCCUGGGGACGCAGAUGCGAGAUCUGUCCCAGGAAAGGAACAGACGCUUAUAGCCGUCUGUGUCCCGCUGGUGGAGGAUAUGAUAUACAUGGAAAUGACAUCGAUGAAUGCCGGCUGCACUCGAAUCUCUGUGAGAACGGUCGCUGUAUGAACACUAUGGGGUCCUACCGUUGUCUGUGCAACAACGGCUACAAACCCGACACUACCGGUACCCAGUGCAUUGACAUAGACGAAUGUACAGAAACCCAGUCGCCAUGUGUGGGCACCUGUCAGAAUCUCGUGGGAUCCUUCAAGUGCAUCUGUGGCCAGGGAUACGUCCUCAAUAUGGACGGGCGCACGUGCAGAGAUAUUGACGAAUGUGCGACAGGCCAACACAACUGUCCGCAAAGCUGCGUCAACACAAUCGGAAGUUUCGAGUGCGGCUGUGCAGUAGGAUAUACGAGAUCCGGUGACAGACAAUGUGUUGAUAUCAACGAGUGCCUGAUGGAACCUAAUUUGUGCACGCCCAAUGGUCAGUGUAGAAACACACCUGGUGGUUACGAGUGCGUGUGUAACCGGGGCUACAAGCUCGAUCCCACCGGGAAGAAAUGUAUAGACGUAGACGAAUGCGCCGACGGCCAAUGCGAGAACCUGUGUGAGAAUAGUUUUGGAGGCUUCUUAUGUGGGUGUCCCGAGGGUUACACGGAAUACAGAGGCCAGUGUUUAGUUAUUGACGUGUGUACCGGAAGCCCCUGCGUGUUCGAAUGUGUCCCGGCUGGUCAGAUGUACACCUGCGGAUGUCCUCCGGGCUACCAGAUGAUUGGCGAAGGGCACUGCAUACAGACCAUCUCGCCCUCUGAGUACAAGAACAUGUUCCCGCCCGGCGUGAACCUGCCUCACGAGUCGUCCCUGGGGACCGGGGAGCUACCCCCGGGCGAGGGCUGCUACUCGUGUAACAUCGGGGACGCCCGAUUGGAAGUGCCAUUGUCGAAAAGGACCAAAAGAGGUAUCGUGCAGGCUGAAGUAUCCUCCUCCCGCAAGUCUCUCAUACGAGACAAUGUCAACGAGGGGACAGUAGAAGAUAUUCAUACACCCAAUCUAUUCCGUCCAAAACUACUGCGGGUAACCAAACGGGCUGCUGUUCGUCAAAGGGGCAACGUACGACGCCACAACAGGCGUCAGGGCAACACCAAUGGUCAUCUUGAAUACAGCGGUACGGAAAAUGACCAUCUGAACGCCACCCAACCGCUUGCAGUCUACGUUGACCUUUCAGACGUGGGCAGAAAGACUGAUCUGGUAAAAAUACUCCCAGCGCUUUCCAUUCUACAAGGCAAUGUAAACUAUACAAUCACUAACAGGGCCGAUGGGAUUUUCUUCCUCAAAGAGAAAAACGGGGUCAACUCGUUGCACGCCAAUCAUAAAAAGUUGUCCAAGGGAAUGUCCUAUCAUAUUGAUAUUGAGGCAAUGCCAGUGGAAGAGGACGUCACGUUAUCGGGCCAUGACGUCCAUCUUGGUAAAACUGUGUUUAGGUUCUUUGUUUACGUGUUGUAACAAUUAUAAUACUUAGAAGGUAAUUAUUAAAGCUUUGAUGACAACGCGCUUGUAUGCGAGGAGUAUUUAUGCCAGUUUAUAUACAUAUAGAAGAGUGUUUAUGACGUUGGAGUUAUCCGAUCUUAGAAAUUCAUGUAUAUACAUGUUAACAUAGUGUAAGUGUUAUAUUGCGUGUUUAUACACGACAAGGCCAGUACAUGUUGAAGGCAGUACAUACAUUUUUAUAUUACACACUGCAUAAGAAAACACAUUUGUCUGAAGUAUUCAUUUACCACAUGCAAAUUUGUGAUGUAUAAAUGAGCAGUUAGUAUGCAUUACAUCUUUAAUCGUAGAUUGAAUACAUUAUUGCCUCAAAAAGUUGUUACUUUUUUUUGCUCUUAUGUCCCAUACAUAAUUUAUUCAAGUAUUCAGUAUUUAUUAACACGUUUGCAAGUCGUACAUUUAAUCGUUGUAUUGAUUUAUUUUAAAUUGAUCAUACAUAGAUACAUACAUACAACGGUAUAAUGAUAAUCAUUUAAGUGUUGGUAGUGUUAAGUUGUAUUGCGUUUGAACUGUUGCUUUUAAUGAGCAUUUGUGUUAAACAUUAAGUGUACUGAAUGUAUAUUGACAAAUCGUAAACAAGCUGUGCAUGCCCUAAUAUUUGAAAAUGUAUGUUCACAAUAUUUUCAACAUCUACAAAAGUGUGUAUAAUAUUCGUGUCUUUGUUUCCUGUAUUAGGUUUUACUUAAUUUGAAUAAUUUUAGAGUGCGUGGUAUUUUAAACAUGUCUAGAAGCUGGUUGUUGCUAGAGUUUUGCAAUAAUAGUGUAUCGAUAUGUUUUGGUAAUAAAUGUACAUGUACACAUUAGCGCUUCCGUCAUACUCCUCUAUGAAAUAAAAUAAAGGUUAUAUAUA